GCAAACUUGCCCUGCAUGUGUGCACCACACGUUUAGCUAAAACCGUGACUUUAACCAUCGCUGAAAUGUACAGAAGACAUUUUAAGUGAUGUCCUUUGGUGCCGCAUAUCGCCUUCACGAAGAGGAAAGUCAUAACACUGACAUGUGUUUACUGACAUUUUGAUUCAUGUGUAGUCGGCGUGGUUUACACUUUUCAGUCCCGGACUGUUUCUCCAAACUACCAUUUCUACAUAUCCCAUAUUUAAUCUGCUAAACCGGAGUCAGACGUCGACUUUCGGCCCCGUGGUCGCCCACAUGAGCAACGGGCUCUCUGAACAGCGGCGGGACGGGGUGUCGGAGACCGACAUGAACCCAGCGAAGAGGCUCCGCACCGCGGACAGUGGAGCAGAGACACCCAGAGGAGAGCAAGAGGAGGAGAGGAGCGCCGUGGAUGUGAGUAUUAUCGUGCCGGUGUACAAUGCUUCCUGUUGGCUGGAUGAAUGUCUGCAGGCCAUAUUACAGCAAGACUUCACUGGAUCCAUGGAGCUGUCGGUCUAUGACGAUGCAAGCACUGAUGACUCCAGGAAAGUGGUGGAGGGUUGGAGAGAGAGGUUGGAAGCGAGGGGCAUCUCAGUGGUGAUCUCUGGCCACAGCUCUGCCCAACCAAGAGGAGUGGGAUAUGCAAAGAAUAAGGCAGUAUCUCAGAGCUGUGGAAAAUACUUGUGCUUUCAGGAUGCGGAUGACGUUAUGUUGCCUCAAAGAGUUCGUCUGCAGUAUGAGGCCUCUUUGCUCCACCCAAACUCUCUGAUCGGCUGUAGAGUUCGGAGGCUUCCAGAGGGAUCGACGGAGCGUUACACUCGCUGGAUUAACACAAUCACUCAGGAUCAGCUCAUUACACAGGUGUACACAUCUCAUGGCCCCACCGUUGUCAUGCCGACAUGGUUCUGCACAAAGAACUGGUACCUGAAAGUUGGACCAUUUGAUGAGGGAGGCAAGGGAGUCCCAGAGGAUCUGCUCUUCUUCUACCAGAGUCUCCGUCAGGGAGGGGGUCUGUCCAGGGUCAACCAGUGCCUGCUGGUCUACCGUUACCACGAGAAGGCCACCACACACUCUGUAACAGAGGAAACCAUUUGGAAGCUGCGAGUGGACUUCCUGCAGGAGAGAGUACUCAGCCAAUGGCACAGCUUCACCAUAUGGAACGCUGGCAAACAGGGACGGAAACUGUACCGAUGUCUGACCCCGACCAAUCAGAAGAAAGUCAAAGCUUUCUGUGAUGUGGACGUGAACAAAAUCCAGAAAGGCUUUUACACGUAUGAGGAGUCCAAGGAAAUACCUAAGCCAAAAAUCCCAGUUCUGCACUACAAAGAUGCCUCGGCCCCCUUCAUCGUUUGUGUUAAACUGGACAUGACAGGAGGUGUUUUGGAGGAGAACCUUAACUCUUUGCAGCUGAAGGAAGGAAGAGAUUACUACCAUUUCAACUGACUGCUUGGAGAGAUGGAGGACAGGAGGAGCCCUGCUGCUUUAACGGGCAGAGGAAAGCAGAGAAGAAGGUGACUUACCACGUUCACACUAACUGAGGGGUAGGCUGGUAAUAACAGGAAAAGAGUGAAGACUGGAACAGAGAUGAUUUCUCCUCUUCCUCACACCUGAACCACAGCACUGGAGUUGUUAUAUUUGGUGUAGCUGUAUCUGUCUUCUCAUCUAAUUAUCAGCAAGAACACAAAUAAGUCCCAAAAUGUUGAACUGUUCCUUUUAAAUGCUUGAACGUGGAUGUUUAAGCUAAUAGAAGUAAUCAUAACUUGAAAUGGAGAAGUGGAGAAAGCAUAAUCUGAACCUUAUAUUUUACUUAUCGGAGGACAGCUAUUUAUCAUGCUAGAUUACCGGUGUUGACCACUGGAAGAAUAAAAUGUCUCUGUGUUUUCUAA